AUGACUCAGGUUACGCCUGCAAUGCUGAGCGCUCGCGCUUCGUCGCUCUCCCUGCGUCAACAAGCGCUGUCAUCGUCGGCCAUGCUCAACAAUAACAAUGCGCCUGCUCCUCGAUCGGACGAAAACAAGCAGAGCUCCAAGAGCUUCAUUCUGUCUGACAUGAAGGGUCGUGACACAAGAGACAACCGCGUUUGCGCAUCUUGUAUCGCAAAGCUUGCGCCUGAAGAGGUCGGUCAAGUCAAUUGGCACUUGGAGGCUGGCCAGGCUUGUCGCUUGUGUCAGGUUGAGAAGCUUGAGCCUGAGGCUUUCACCAAGCCUUUCUGCGACUUUCUUCAAGAGAACCCUACUAUUUUCCACACCGUCGAGUACUUUGAGAAAAAGCUGAAGGAACUUGGUUAUGAGCACCUCUCUCCGCGCGACAGUUGGGCGGGUAAGAUCCAACCAGGUGGAAAGUACUGGGUUACACGCAAUGGCAGCUCUCUCAUCGCUUUCAAGGUUGGAAAGGCUUACCAGCCCGGCAAUGGUGUUGCUAUGAUUGGUGGCCACAUUGACGCCCUCACCGCCAAGCUCAAGCCUGUCAGCACAAAGCCCGUCAAGGCUGGAUUUGUUCAGCUAGGCGUUGCGCCCUACGCUGGCGCUCUCAACGCGACAUGGUGGGACCGCGAUCUCAGCAUUGGUGGCAGAGUUGUUGUCCGGGAUGAGGAGUCCGGAAAGACCUGCACCAAGCUCGUCAAGCUGGACUGGCCUAUUGCCAGAAUUCCCACCCUUGCACCCCACUUCGGAGUUGGCAUGAUGGGAGAGAACAACAAGGAGACUCAGGCUGUUCCUAUCAUUGGUCUUGAGAGUUCUCAGAGUGCUUCCGCCAAAGUUCUGGGACCCGCCGGUUCCUUCGUCAACACUCAACCCCCACGACUGGUUGAGCUUAUUGCCAAGGAGCUCAAGAUUCAAUCUUACAGCUCUAUUAUUAACUGGGAGCUUGAGCUUUACGAUUCUCAGCCUGCUCAGACCGGUGGUAUGGAUAGGGAGUUUAUCUUUGCUGGCCGUAUUGACGACAAGCUCUGCUCCUGGUCCGCCCUCACUGCCCUCCUUGCCUCCAACGACAGCAGCGAGGACGGUGGUAUUAAGCUUGUUGCUCUCUUUGACGAUGAGGAAAUUGGCUCCCUGCUUCGCCAGGGUGCUCGGGGUAACUUCCUCCCCUCGGUCGUCGAGCGUACCGUCGAGGCCCUCAACCCCGACAAAUACGGACCAGAAGUGAAGGGAAGAACUUAUUCCUCAUCAUUCUUUUGCUCAAGCGACGUGACUCAUUCCGGAUCACCGAAUUUCCUCGAGAAGUAUCUCGCGGAGCAUGUUCCCGAGCUCAAUGUUGGUGUUGUUAUCGCCAACGACUCAAACGGCCACAUGACCACAGACAGCAUUUCAACCGCAAUUAUGCAGCGAGCAGGCGAACUAGGCGGCUGCCGAACUCAGACUUUCCAAAUUCGAAACGACAGUCGCAGCGGUGGUACUAUUGGACCUGCGCUGUCCAGUAUGAUGGGUGUCCGGGCCGCGGACGUUGGCCUGCCCCAACUCAGCAUGCACUCUAUCCGUGCCACCACUGGUUCUCUGGACCCUGGUCUGGGCGUCAAGUUCUUCAAGAGUUUCCUUGAUAACUGGGAGAAGAUUGAUGCGGAGUGGCAUUAG